GCAACGGCAUCGUUUUGUUUCAGUCUUUUGUUUCGUUCUGCUGACAAAGUGAAUCUAACAUCGUUCUGUCCUUCUUCAACACUGAACAGCUUAAUCGAUACUGCAAAUCAAAAAUCGAAGACUUGAAACCCUAACAAUGGCGUUCCAGAUGCCAUUGGAUCAGAUGAAGCAGUUACAGAUCCUGCUACGCAAAGAGGCCAACCUCUCAUGGUACCAGCCAGAGAAAGAGGACAAUCUCGCGCUCCCAAAGCUACCUUCGGUCACAGAAACCAUAGCGAAACUCGAUCCAUCGCCACCUUACCUUCGCUGCAAGAAUUGCAAUGGCAGGCUCCUCCGCGGGUUGCAAUCCUCUAUCUGCGUCUUUUGCGGCACAAAUCCCCACAAGGACCUCCCUCCCGAACCCAUCAACUUCAAGAACACCAUUGGCUAUCGAUGGUUACUCGAGUCCCUUCACCUCGAUGGAUCGGAGAUGGUGGCACCAGUGGAGGAAGAAAAUGCAUCAAACAGAGGGAGGAGUGAAUCAAAAAAUGAGAUUCCCUUAUCUGAACUACUAGAUUUGGAAAUUAGAUGGCAUUCGGAGGCUGAGAGAACUGCAUCAAGUAAUUCAGAUUCGGCAGUGUUUCAGGGGAAAAGUUCAUUGACUUUGGCUGGAGUUGAUCUUGAUAGUUUUUUCGAUCGGAGGGAAUCUGAUUCUGAUGCUUUUGAACAGAACUUGGCUUCGGGAAGACAAGUGGGUACUGCUUCAGAUAAUACUUUCCAAGCUAAUGAAAAUCUUAGUUUGUUUCAGAAUGUGCAAGCUUCAGAAGCCGCCUCAGGGUCUGCGGAAGAUCAGAGUGGUGAUUCUUUUUCAGGUUGGGAGGCCAACUUUAAGUCUGCUAGUUCUGGUUCUGUUCAUGAAGAGUCCAAAUCAGUUGAUCAUUCUAAAGUUGGUUUGGAUGUGGUAUCUGGAGACUGGAAAGACUCUGUUGGUGUAAAGAAGAAUGAUGAUUUUAAUCCUUCAGCAUCCACAGAAGAUGAUUGGUUUCAGAGUGAUGGAUGGAGAACUUCCAACUCAGAGGUACAUAGCCAGACUGGGAAAUCAGAAUCGACCAUGGAUCUUAAUGAUACAAAGAUAUCAGAAAGUGCUAAUGCUUCUUCUAAUAGAAAUUUUGACUGGAUGCUAGAUGACCAAUUGCAAGGGAGUAAUAACAAGACAACUGGUACUGUGGCUGCUGAUGAAGCUGAUGAUUCAUUUGAUGCAUGGAAUGAUUUUACUGGCUCAGCUAGCACACAAGAUCCUUCUAGUAGUUUUUCCAGCUCAAAGAUAAGCCAGGCUGGAAAAUCUGGAUUUUCUGCUGAUUUUAAUGAUACUAAAACAAUAGAGGAUGCUAAUAGCUCUUCAAAUAACGAUUUUGACUGGAUGCAAGGUGACCAUUGGCGAGAUAACAAUGACAAGACAACUGAUACUUUCGGUACUAAUGAAGCUGCUGAUUCAUUUGAUGCAUGGAAUGAUUUCACUGGCUCAGCCAAUACUCAAUAUGCUUCUAGUAGUGUUUCCAACUCUGAGAUAACCGGCCAGACUGGGAAAUUUGAAUUGGCUAAGGAUCCUAAUGAUACAAAAACAGCAGAAAAUGCUACUGGUCCAUCUGGAAAUUUUGACUGGAUGCAAGAUGACCAAUGGCAGGGGAUCAAUAACAAGGAAACUGGUAUUGUGACUACUAAUGAAGUUGCUGAUUCAUUUGAUGCAUGGAAUGACUUUACUGGCUCAGCCAUUUCACAAAAUCCUUCCAGUAGUAUUUCCAACUCUGACAUAACUACUGAUCGUAAUGAUACAGAAACAGCUGUGGGUGCUAAUGCUUCUUCUGUUAAAAGUUUUGACUGGAUGCAAGAUGAUCAAUGGCAAUUCAGCAAUAACAAAACUGAUACCGUGCCUACUAAUGAUAGUGCUGCUUCAUUUGAUGUUUGGGAUGGCUUUACUAGCUUGGCCACUACACAAGAUCCUUCCAGCAAUAUUUGGAAACAAUCUGUAAAUCAGACUUCUGCUGAAACGAUCUUUGAACCGAAUUUACUCAGCUCAUCAAACAACUCACAUGAUAUGGAUGAUUUAUUUUUAGGACAGUUUAGUAGUCCACUAAGUUCUCCUGCAGCAACCAUUGCACAGCCUGCCACUGCUUCUUCAAACAGGGUGGCUGAUAUGGAUACCACGAGAGGAGACUCUAGAGAUGUUUCCACUGCAGUAGUAGGGGCAAAAGAUGAUGUAGAGAUGUUGAUAUCACAGAUGCAUGAUCUCUCCUUUAUGCUUGAGAACAAUCUUUCAAUUCCCCCAAAGUAAGAUGGACCUAUGUUAUUUUCUCAUAAUUCUUCGCUUAUAUUAAUUUUGUAAUCUAUGGCAUAGGCUCUUCUACUUUCUCUAUAUCUGUGUUCUUUAACUAAUGGGUGGGGGAUACGUCUUUCGUCUACGGUUAUAACCUCACUCUUCUCUAAAUCAUUCUUUUUUGGGGGUUUAAUUCCCUAAAUUUUUUUAUUGUAGAUCAGGCAUGUUGGUAUUGUGUUGCUUAGUAUUAUGCAACUACUGCACAUUAGCAG